AUGCUGUCGAUCACCCCCAUCGUUGUCGCUGCAAUCCUCGGCUUCGUGCAGUUAGCGCAAGCCCAGACCAAUAUCACAGCCAGCGCCUGCGCAGCCUCAUCCGUCUACUCGACUUGUAACCGCGAUGUCGCAGACAAGUGGAGCUCCUGCCUAAACGGAUGUAAUGGCAAUGCCGAUUGCAGCGUAGAUUGUGGCUGUGUCGCGCAUCAAGAGUAUAUUAACUGCAUGGCACACUCAUGCUGGAAUCAGGUCUACUCAUGCGAAUACCAACUUUUCGUCCAGCAGUACUUCGCCAUCUGCCCCAGUGCCAUCGAGCCAAUCCCCUUCUGGCCAGCUCCAGAUGAUGCUCCGCACCGCUGCUCCUGCGAUCUGGGCAAGGUACUCAAAAGCACAUUGACCGCACGCAAGGAACAAGUCUCCUGUAUUCUGAACGUCACCGACCAAACCGUGAAUACCGCCACAAGCGCCAUAACAAACCUAGGCGAUCUAGCCAACAUCGGCAACAUCGCUAAUACAGCAACCGAGUGUGCCUGCUGCGGAAGCAGCGCAAGUCUUUCAGCUGCCUGGGAAGUAUGCCCAAACACAGUUCCCCGCCUUGCAGGCGCAGACCUCUGGGGUAUAUUCUUCCCAUCCGACUACCCAAACCUGUACAACUCGGUCCCAAAUUUCGUCUGGGAUAGCUGCGACAGCACGCUCAGCUCAACGGACUGCCAGAAUAUCGGGUUCACGGAUCCAUCGGAUAAAUUCUAUAGGCCGGGUGAUUUCCCCUCGAAUGGUACCUCGACGCUUAAUAAUGUUGGGGGUACGGUUUCGGCGCCACCUAGUGGGACGGUCAUCAUCUGGUCGCAGUCGACUACGACGUGGACUGUUACUGCUACUGGGUAUGAUGCUAAGGCUGUUGCUAGCCAGAGUGAAUAUCGGGCCACGGCUACGGGGACUGGGGCGUUUGCCACGCGGACGUCGACUUCGAGUUCGACCUCGACUGCUACUUCUGAUAGUACUAGUGCGGGAAAUGUGGUUAGGCCUGGAAUUCUUUUGGUUGUUGGAGUUUUGGGGGUUUUAAUGCUGUGA